AUGGCUGGUGCUGUGGAAGCAACAAGAGGAACAAGUAAAAGAAAAAACAGCUUAUUAAGAAAACAACUUGCUGUUGCUCUAAGAAGUGUUCAAUGGAGCUACGCGAUCUUCUGGUCCUCUUCACCUACUGAAUCCGGGGUUUUGGAGUGGGGAGAAGGAUGUUACAAUGGUGAUAUAAAGAAGAGGAAGAAGGGAUACGAAGCUGCUAAUUAUAAAUAUGCCUUGCAGAGAAGCAACCAACUUAGGAAACUUUAUCUGUGUAUGCUGGAAGGAGAUAGUAAUACUACUAUUAAUACUGCUGAUGAUGUUGAUGAUCAUGGUGAUGAUGAGGAACAUUAUUGUAACAGUUCAAGUAUGAUGUUGUCACCAGAUGAUCUCUCAGAUGAAGAGUGGUACUAUUUAGUCUCCAUGUCCUAUGUCUUCUCUCCUUCUCAAUGUUUGCCAGGAAGAGCUUUGGCGACGGGUGAGACCAUAUGGCUUUGCAACGCUCAUUACGCAGAGAACAAACUCUUCUCUCGCUCUUUGUUAGCAAGAACUGUUGUGUGUUUACCUUACUUGGGUGGUGUCAUAGAGCUUGGCGUCACAGAACUGAUUUCAGAAGAUCCUAGCCUGCUUCAACACAUCAAAUCUUGCUUGCUGGAGACUUCUAAACCGGAUUUCUCUUCCUACAACUUCUCUUCUCACCAAGACCGCGAUGAUGAGAAGAAUCAAACUAAAAUUAAGAUCAGUGAUGGAAACUCAAACUCAGUGCUCCAAGAGAACCAUCAGAUUCAGUUUGGUAUGUCUGAUGAAGACUUGCAUUACAAAAGAACUGUCUCAACACUACUCAAAUACGCUGCUGAUAAGAAUAUUCAUCAUCUCCAACCGGAUCUUGUUUCUUCAAAUACUGAGUCAAGUUUCUUGCGGUGGAAGCAACAUGAGCAGCCGAACUCAAUCCUUCUUCAAGAACAUAGCAAUUUGCAGCCGUUGUCACAGAAUGUGCUGCGGAAGAUAUUGCACGACGUGCCUUUGAUGCACUCUUUAGACACAAAGAGAACGUUCCCAAAUAAGAUGUUAGGUCUGAAUCAAGAUGAUCCUUGUGACAGAAGUAAAGAGAACGAAAAGUUUAGUGUCCUUAGAGCUAUGGUUCCUGCUGUCAACAAGGUUGAUAAAGAAGCGAUACUGAACAACACAAUCAAGUACUUGCAAGAGCUAGAGGAAAGAGUUGAAGAGCUAGAAUCUUGUAUGGGAUCAGUUAAUUUUGUGGAGAGACAAAGAAAGAGCGUUAAUGACUCUGAGCUGAUUGAGGAGACAUCAGGGAACUAUGAUGACAGCACGAAGAUUGAUGGAAACUCAGGAGAAACCGAACAAACCACAAUGUUGAGAGAUGAGACACAAUAUUUAAGAGUUAAACUGAAAGAAACAGAAGUUGUGAUUGAAGUAAGGUGUUCUUACAGAGACUACAUAGUUGCAGACAUCAUGGAAACUCUGAGCAAACUUCACAUGGAUGCUUUCUCUGUUAGAUCUCACACACUUGAUGGGUUUCUCACACUUAAUCUCAAGGCAAAGUUUCGUGGGGCUGCUGUUGCGCCGGUAGGGAUGAUUAAGAGAGAGCUGAGGAGAGUCAUUGGAAGUCCUGUGUAUUAUGUGUUGUUGCAAUGUGGGACAAAGGAAUACCGAAGCAAAAUGUCAAAAGGUGAUGACGACAGCGCAUUGUGGAACCAAAAGUUUGUGUUCGAUUUCCCAAUGUCUCAAUGGAAGAAGCUGACCCACUUCAAGGUUAGAAUCAUGGACAAAGAGCUCUUCAAAGAUGGUGGAUUUGUCGGUGAAACAAUAAUUCAUCUUGGAGGGAUAAUAACCGAAGGACGUGACAGAGGAUACGUAGAAGUUAAACCAGCUCCAUACAAUGUUGUUCUUGACGAUGACACAUUUAAAGGUGUACUAAAACUCGGAUUCAGAUUCACUGCGACGGAUAAAUUGCAUAUCAAGAAGGCAUGGGAAGUGAAGAUAGAGGGUAAAAGCCGUGAAGAGCCAAUGAUUUCUCCAGCUCUGAAUCUGAUGAAACUCCCUUUGUUAAGUUUUUUGCAGCUAGAAAAGAAGAUGGAGAACGAAGAUAGAGUUUAUCAUCAUCAAUUAUCCAUUGACCCAAAUGAUCAAUCAACAUCAGAAACUCAUGUUUCCUUGACGAUGAGCAUGGAUUCUUUUGUUUAUCCUCGAACUUGUUCACAGAGCACUUCAAGCUCUUCAGACCAAAUAGAUGAAAUCAACAGCUCCUGUAGUGAACCUUGUGAUUGGCCUGUCCUGACUGAAUCUAAGAGCUCAAAAUGUCUCGCUACUGAUUUAGAGCUGCAAACAAAUGAAAUUCUUGAAGCUCAAGAAAUCUCAGAACCAGAAGUUGAGCCAAUGAAGGAAAGAUUCGCAAAGCUUCUACUUGGAGAAGAUAUGUCAGGAAGUGGUAAAGGAGUUUGCACUGCUGUGACCAUCUCUAACGCUAUUACCAAUCUUUAUGCUACAGUGUUUGGACAGAAUCUGAGGUUAGAGCCGUUAGAAACAGAGAAGAGAGCAAUGUGGAAGAGAGAAAUGAAUUGUCUUUUAUCAGUAUGUGAUUACAUAGUUGAGUUCAUCCCUAGAUGUCAGAGUCUAAGCAAUGGAACUACUGUUGAGGUGAUGGAGAGUAGACCAAGAGGAGAUAUCUAUAUCAACUUACCUGCAUUGAGAAAGCUAGAUUCCAUGCUUAUGGAAGUGUUGGAUGGUUUUCAGAACACAGAGUUUUGGUAUGCAGAAGAAGGAAGUCAGUCCAUGAAAUCUGCCAAUGGAUCAUUCAGGAAAGUUAUAGUACAGAGGAAAGAAGAGAAAUGGUGGUUACCAGUUCCUCUGGUUCCUCCAGAAGGUUUGUCAGAUAAAGCAAGAAAACAACUCAAGAGCAAGAGAGAGAGUACUAAUCAGAUACACAAAGCUGCAAUGGCUAUCAACAGUAGCAUCCUCAGUGAAAUGGAGAUUCCAGAGUCUUACAUGGCAACUCUUCCAAAGAGUGGUAAAAACAGUGUUGGUGAUUCAAUCUACCGUUUCAUGAGUGGUUCGGGUCGGUUUUUCCCAGAGAAAAUCUUAGAUUCUCUGAACAUAGCAUCUGAGCAUGAAGCUGUGCAGUUAGCAGAUAGAGUAGAGGCUUCAAUGUACACAUGGAGACGCAAAGCUUGUCUAAAUAACUCUAAGAACUCAUGGAACAUGGUGAAAGAUCUUAUGAUGUAG